AUGCCCUCUUCAAAGGACAAAUAUACCGACCCUAACCUCCGAGAUGAGAUCAAGGAAGACAUUCAGCAGUCGGACAAGGGUGGUGCGCCAGGCCAGUGGUCUGCGCGCAAAGCUCAAAUGAUGGCCAAAGAGUACAAAAACCGGGGUGGUGGUUACAAGACAGACAAAAAGGACCAGGACGAGUCCCAGAAGCAUUUGAGCAAAUGGACAGAGGAGGAGUGGCAGACAAAAGAGGGCAGCGGAUACGCAAAGAAGGACGACGGCACCAGGAAACGCUACCUGCCAAAGAAAGCUUGGGAAGAUAUGAGUGAGAAGGAGAAGGAGCAGACCGACCAGAAGAAGCAGAAAGAAAGUAAGCAGGGCAAGCAAUUUGUACAGAACACCCCACGCGCAAAAUCCGCUAGAAAGAAAGCCAGUGACGAAGAGAAUGCCGCCCACGAGCAGAGGGAGAAGAAGGAAACGACAAAAGAUGAGGGCGGGAGGGAAACGCGAAGUCGCUCGAUGGCACGGGGGAAACGUGACAACCUGCAGUCCGACUCAGAUCCGGAGAAGCGGGAGCACGCCAAUAUCCGAACCAAGCAGGGACAGGCAUCUCUAAAGGCCGGCCAGAAGCGCGAUCGUGGUCAAGACUCGACAAGUGACGAAACAACGUCGACACCCCGGAAGAGACACAAGGAUCAGGCCGAAACAUCGGAAAUCCAACCCAACGGCUCAUCCAUCUCAACAAAUGGCAGGGCGGACGCACCAGCCCAGCCCGCUUCACAGUCGAGGCUGCCAGCACAGGGGCAAACAGCUCAUUGGAAGACCACAUCUGGCUGGACGGAAGGAAGCGUGGUCGAGGUGCUCAAGGCAAAUAAAAAGGUGAAUGGCAAGCAGGUCAAAGCCACUGAAGCCGAUCCACGUAUUGUGUUGAAGAGUAACAGCAGUGGAAAGACCUGCGUGCACAAUCCAGCCAAUGUGUACUUUGAUUGA